AUGGCUCCAUCUGCCCGCCCGGUUCGGGCGGUCCCGUCACUUCUCACCAAUACCACACCUUGGCGUGCAUUCCCUCACACUCCACUCACACUCUCUAAUCCAAAGGCCAAGUACUGCUCCAGCCUACGCCUACCAUUACCCUAUCCGCCACUCUUGUCCCACAUCCGCAGUCGUCGCACAAUAACGUCCUUGCUGCUACUGCCGGCCCAAGGUACAGCGUUAUUGCCCCGUGCAACUUACUCGUCCCAUGCUCGCCCACCACCACCAUCACCACAUGACAUAAUCUUCUCUGCCGACCAGCCCGCUGACCUGCCCCAUCGAGCUUUGAAGCUCUUUCCUGACUGGCAACUCACCGGCUCCCGGAAGGGCGUCGUGCGUCAAUUUACCUUUUCUUCUUUUACCAAAGCCUGGCGCUUCAUGUCCCUCAUCGCAGAUGAAUGCAAGGCCAAGAACCACCAUCCCUCCUGGUCCAAUCUCUACAAUCGUGUCACCAUUGAAUGGACCACGCACUCCCCCAACGGGCUUAGCACAAAAGAUGUCGAAAUGGCCGAGUUCUGUAAUCAAAAGGCUGUUGAGAUUGGACUCAAGCAAUAA